AUGCUGGAGAACUGGACAGGGUUCAAAGAGAAAGAUGACGACUUCUUUAUCCUGGAUUUGAAAGAAAUGGUGAUGAGAGAGGAAGAUGACGUGGCAAGAGCCCUUGCUGGUCUGGAAUCGCCUUAUGAAGUGUUAGAAGAGUUUUGUCCCUUCGUUUCCAAGUGUGCAGACCACCUAAUCAACCCUGAUCUGUCCGAACGGGAAAGGAAAAGGAGAAAGGCAAAGAUGCUAAACGCAAACUUUUCCGAUGUGUUAAGUAAAGUAGACGAAUUCCAACCACUUGGAAUGUACGAUGCUCGAGCAUCAGUGAAGGGCAACAACGUAGAAGGCAAAGACAUUCUCCAGUUUGAUCGUCUUGUAGGACUUGGAUUUUCUGAGCCCAUGAUAAAUAGUAUCAAAACAAAAGCACACAAAUUGGUUGCUGGUGGUCUUGUGACCAGAGCCUUUUCUGGAGACGAAAGUCGUUCUGUGAAGAGUUUUUCCUCUAAUAAGCCCCACCUUGUGCAGCCCCACAAACAUUUUGGAUACCAAUGUGACGAUUCUUGUCUGCAAUACAAAGCAUAUAAAGUGUGUGCACACACUGUGGCUGCAGCGCAGGACAAGAACAAAAUGGAAGAGCACACAACUAGGCCUCUUAAGGCAAGUCCCAAAGGAUGA